UGGAUCGUCUGUGCCGCUAAACACCUGCCUCCUUCUCUGAGGUAUUUUCGCCUGGGCGUGUCAGACCCUGGUCAUGGGGUCCCUGAAUUUGUUUCAGUUGGGUACGUGGACUCUCACCCUAUCACCACGUAUGACAGUGUCACUCGGCAGAAGCAGCCACGGGCACCAUGGAUGGCGGAGAAGCUGGCGCCUGACCACUGGGACAGGUACACGCAGCUGCUGAGGGGCUGGCAGCAGACAUUCCAGGUGGAGCUGAGGCACCUGCAGCAGCGCUACAAUCACUCAGGGUUUCACACUUACCAGAGGAUGAUUGGCUGUGAGCUGCUGGAGGACGGAAGCACCACGGGGUUUCUCCAGUAUGCAUAUGAUGGACAGGAUUUCAUUAUCUUCAACAAAGACACCCUCUCCUGGAUGGCUGUGGAUCAUGUGGCCCACAUCACCAAGCAGGCAUGGGAGGCCAAACCGCAUGAAUUACAAUACCAAAAGAACUGGCUAGAAAAAGAAUGUAUUGCCUGGCUAAAGAGAUUCCUGGAGUACGGGAAGGAUACACUGCAGAGGACAGGUAAAGAGAAAACACCUUGUUCCUGCAGCCCCAGAACAACUGGUGUUACACGUCACUUCCUCUGA